UCAGGGUUUCCACGGUAACCGCCGCUUGCGAAGGUCACAUGAGCGCGUUCGUGUGACGCACGCCGGAAGACUGGGCUGGGCAUGAGGGAGCGAGAUCAGAACUGAGUUUAAUUAUCAAUAAACAAUUAGACCGCGGUGAAGCGGAGGGAAAAAAAAAAAAAAAAACACCUUACCAGGAGAUGGCGGAAACCGUGGAGCUGAACAACGGGGUGCGGAUGCCAGUUUUGGGGCUCGGGACCUUCAAGCUCCGGGGGUACGAGGCGGUGUACCGGGCGCUGGACGCGGCCCUGGCGGAGGGGUACCGCUCGUUCGACACCGCGGCGGUUUACCGGAACGAAGGAGACAUCGGCAGAGCCUUGAGGGAGCUGCUGCCCAGGCACGGGCUCACCAGACCGGACGUUUUCAUCACCAGCAAGCUGGGUCCCAAAGACCACGGCAGCGAAGCCCGGGCGGCCUGCGAGGUCAGCUUGGAGCAGCUUGGCUGGGGCUACCUAGACCUGUACCUCAUACACUGGCCUGGCAAGCAAGGCUGGCAGUCGGAGGAUUUAAGAAACCGGGAGGUCAGAAGGGAAAGCUGGGAGGCGCUGGAGGAAAUGUACAAGAGCGGGCGGUUUAGAGCCAUCGGGGUGUCCAAUUACACCCUGACGCACCUCCAGGAGCUGCUGGGCAGCUGCAAGGUGAGCCCAGCGGUGCUGCAGGUGGAAUACCACCCCAGGCUCGUGCAGAACGAGCUCUUGAGCUUCUGCAGGGAAACGGGAAUCCACCUCCAAGCGUAUUCCUCCCUCGGGACGGGCAGCUUGGUCAAGGAGCCCAAAGUGCGGGAGGUGGCGGAGAGGUACGGCAUCCCCAAGUCCGGAGACCCCCAGCGCAUCGCGGAGAACGCGCGGGCGUUGGAUUUGGCGAUGAAGCCCGAGGACGUGCUGGAGCUGAGCUCGCUGGACUCGGGGACGCGAUACUGCUGGGACCCGCAAGGAGUCGUGUAGCCGCGAGGCUUCGAACCAGCACCAGCCCCCUGCUGCUGCGGCACCCAGUCCUGGGGUUCAGAGCUCCCCUCAAUGAAGUCUAGUAUUAUUAUUAUUAAUAUUGAAAUGAUCAGGAGCCAGGAGUUUGAGCAGGGUUAGAAACUCACACUAGCCCUGCUGCUGCUGCUGCUGCACCCAGUCCUGGGGUUCAGAGCUCCCCUCAAUGAAGUCUAGUAUUAUUAUUAUUAAUAUAGAAAUGAUCAGGAGCCAGGAGUUUGAGCAGGGUUAGAAACUCACACUAGCCCUGCUGCUGCUGCUGCUGCUGCUGCACCCAGUCCUGGGGUUCAGAGCUCCCCUCAAUGAAGUCUAGUAUUAUUAUUAUUAUUAAUAUUGAAAUGAUCAGGAGCCAGGAGUUUGAGCAGGGUUACAAACUCACACUAGCCCUGCUGCUGCUGCUGCUGCUGCUGCACCCAGUCCUGGGGUUCAGAGCUCCCCUCAAUGAAGGGGGACAGCUGAAAAACAAAUAAUAUGAAAUCUGAAGGUACUUGCUCAUGAUGCAUCACAACACAAACACAAAGCCUUGAUUUAAUAUUUAAUAAAAUUCUUUAUUACCACCACAUACUGCUCACUUAUUGCAAUACAAAAAAAAAAGAUUGACAGUGUUUCUAAAAAGAGUGUUAACAUACCACAUUCAAGUAAUAAACGCAAUAUAAAGCC